ACUCGUCCCUGAAUCAAUCACGCGCCAUGUCUUUAACAGAGCAGUCGAGCGGUAGUUAGCAUUCAGUCCUGGGCAGCGGCGGAGGCUGCGCAUGCGCGUCCCUUUCACCGUGCCUGAAUGCUGUGAAGGGUUUGAGGGGAGAGACCCCGGGGCUGCUUUACUUACAGACUGCUGAAAUGGAUGGAGCGGAGCGGAAAAGAGGCGUCCGCGCCAGGCAAGAGCCACAGGCUCCGAGGAGCACCAUGAAAGACGGGAAGGUAAAGGAGGACACGGUGCCAGAUAGAGUGACCCUCAAAAAAGAAAUCGGACUGCUGAGCGCCUGCACUAUUAUCAUAGGUAACAUCAUUGGUUCAGGAAUCUUCAUCUCUCCUAAAGGGGUUCUGGAGCACUCAGGCUCUGUUGGCUUGGCGCUGGUGGUGUGGGUGUUAGGUGGGGGCAUAGCUGCCCUGGGGUCCCUCUGCUAUGCUGAACUCGGCGUCACAAUCCCCAAAUCAGGGGGAGACUACUCAUAUGUUACAGAGAUUUUUGGAGGCCUUGUGGGCUUCCUUCUGUUAUGGAGCGCUGUGCUGAUCAUGUACCCUACCACUCUGGCUGUCAUAGCCCUCACCUUCUCCAACUAUGUCCUACAGCCUGCAUUUCCUAACUGUGUGCCUCCCUAUAUGGCCACACGAAUGCUCUCUGCUACCUGCAUAAUAUUUCUGACAUGGGUGAACUGCUUCAGUGUGCGUCUGGCCACACGUAUCCAGGAUAUCUUUACUGUGGGGAAGCUGCUGGCACUGGGCCUCAUCAUAGCAGUAGGACUGCUCCAGAUCUAUAAAGGUAACUAUGAGGGUCUUACUCCACAAAUAGCGUUUGAGUUUUAUAAGACUCCAUCAGUGGGGCAGAUUGCCCUGGCUUUCCUUCAGGCAUCCUUUGCCUUCAGUGGAUGGAACUUUCUCAAUUACGUCACAGAAGAGGUGGUGGACCCCAGGAGGAAUCUUCCACGUGCUAUUUACAUCUCCAUUCCCUUGGUGACUUUUGUGUACACACUCACCAACAUCGCCUACUUCUCAUCCAUGUCUCCAGAGGAGCUGCUGUCCUCCAACGCUGUGGCUGUAACGUUUGGGGAGAAGUUGCUUGGAAUGUUCUCCACCAUCAUGCCCAUCUCUGUGGCACUCUCCACCUUUGGAGGCAUUAAUGGCUACCUCUUCACCUCAUCCAGGCUUUGUUUCUCAGGUGCAAGAGAAGGACACUUACCCAGCUUACUGGCUAUGAUUCACUGUAAAAGCUGCACCCCAAUCCCAGCUCUGCUUGUCUGUUGCACUGCCACAAUCGUAAUCAUGUGCAUUGGUGAAACGCACAAUCUUAUAAACUAUGUGUCCUUCAUCAACUACCUCUCCUAUGGAGUCACCAUUGCUGGCUUGCUGUAUUAUAGAUGGAAGAAGCCAAACCUGUACAGGCCUAUCAAGGUGAGUCUGCUGGUUCCUUUGUGUUACCUGCUCUUCUGGGCGCUGCUGCUGGGCUUCAGCCUGCACUCGGAGCCUGUAGUCUGUGGGGUGGGUUUGGUCAUCAUGCUCACUGGAGUGCCUGUCUACUUUCUGGGAGUGCAUUGGAAAGACAAGCCAAAGUGUAUCUAUGACUUCAUUGAGUGGGCCACGUAUCUGGGUCAGAGAGUGUUUUUUGUGGUUUUUCCCCACAUUGACCCGACUGAAACCGCAACACCAACAGAAUGGACUGACAAGUCUUCCAUCACAAGCAAGGCCUCUGGACCUGUUUGACU